UUAUGCAUGUUGACCACUUUAUUUGUAUGUUUUGUUUACCACGUGGUAUUGUUUUCCACUACUGUGUAUUUUUAGUUUAGGCAUGCGCACUGGCAAGUUAUGCAUAUUAGCUAGUCUGCGCAUGCGUAGUCAUUGUUCAUUUUGUAAACAUCCAUGAUUGUCUACGGUUUGUGAAAGAAGAUGUGUACAUGAAUUACGACCCCGUCCGUCCAAUUUUACGAUAUUCUGCGACUUCAACAAUUCACUAACGGGACCUGGUGUGUGUUCUCAUAGGUAACGUUAUCUAUAUCCCGUUUUUUAGCGAUUUAUCAAGGCUUCAUGGUACUGCAGAAGUGAUUUUCGCGCGGUUCAAAAUGGGGCCAGUGACACUCCAGUCAUAACAUUGUUGCCCAUCGAUGCCAAAGUUAUUGUGUGCGAUGUACCAGAGACGUGGAUGUAAUUUAUUAUACAGCAGUUUGAACUUGUGUAUAUUUGUGUGUAAUGUGUGAAAAUAUCUGUGUCAAAUUUUUCUAUUGUUUAUUUCAUAAUGUCAACAUUGAGACUGGGCGAUUCGCAUGUGAAAAGACUCAAAACAUUCUUAGGUUCAUGUCGUUCCGCUAAUUUUGUGUUUAAUAUAUAUGAACUCAAAGAGGUGAACUAUUCCGGUAUAAGUGGAGGACUUGUGAACAAUGGUCACCAUCUAUCCCUUAUUACAUCUGCAGUACGACGGUGUAGACCUCAGCACCUAAUUGUUUUCAUUGGAGGCAAUGAUUUGGACUCGGGUGAACUAGAUUUUAGUUUGGAAUGUAUUGUUUCUAAAUUGACUGCCAAUGUGACUCAACUUAAAAGGUGUUUCCAUUUAAAGUCUGUUACCGUGCUUAGUUUUCUCCCUAGAGAAGUGACUUAUUUAUAAUCAACGAGUCAAAAAAGCCACUAGACUUCUUAAGCAAUUUUGUGCUUGUCACACAGUAACAUUUUGGAAGCUGAGAGGAUUCGCGGAAAGUCAGAAACCAAUCUUAUGCGAUGGGGUUCAUCUUAAUGACUUGGGGUUCCAUAAACUGUUUAGACAGAUUAGAGGUGUCCUAUUAAUUCAGCUAAGACAGGAACCCAAGCAUAGUCCUUCUGUAAACAGCAAUGACGACAGGGGCUUCUAGCUUUCAAAGCAUCCAGAUCAAUCUGAAGAUAAGACUUUGCAUCACUUGUUAUAAUUUGUUUGGAUACAGAUUUUGAUGGCAUCCACACCAAAACGCAGGAGGCGGAACAAGACAGCCUCGCAUCCUCCCACAGAAACCCAACCUCAAAGCGGUCUUAUGUCUCAUGAGGACAGGGACACAAUGAUAAGGACGUGCAUGGCCUCUAUCAUCCCAACCAUUGAAAAUACUUGUCGACGCUAUAUGGAUGAAUAUCCCCAUGGUGAGAGCAAUCCUUCAUUGUCAAUCCCCAUGCAGACUGCAACUUCACAACAGCAAUCAGCCGACACUCAACAAGCCUCUUCGCAAGCAGUAACACCUCACCAUUCCCUACUGCAAGAGAUAACUUCUCAAGGUAUGCAGUUGCUUAAUCAGAAUACUGAAGGGGAUUCACGCUCGGCAACUGGUUUAACAUUGGGUGUAGCUUCCAAAAUUAGGGCAAAAAUCCACGCCAAUGAGUUCAUCGAAUUUGCUGUCCUGUUGCCAAAUGAUUUUGAUCAUGAUGAGACAGACAAGUAUAAAUCAGUUGAUAAAAAUGGUGAGCUCAUUUUUGUUAAGGCAAACGACAAGAGCCCUAUUAAAUAUAUAAUUAAAUGGGUAGAGGCGUUCCACAUAUUUGUCGCAAUCUAUGCAGAAAAGUUUUCCCACGAAAUUGGAAACUUAAUAUGACGUACGCACACACUGUGCAAAGAAUUACUGACUCGUGUGGGGACUCUGCUGCUUUAAUGUAUGAUGAAAAGUUUAGGCGAUGGCGCGAAAAAGAACCUUCAUUAUGUGCUUGGGAGAAGAAAAAUAUUGAGCUAUACCAAGAAGCUUAAGUUUCUGGACUAGAUUUUAAAAUCAACUACAAGAAACAGCCCUUUCGUGCCCAAUCCAAGUCACAUAACUACUGCUAGUCCCUCAACAAUGUUGGCUCGUGCAGAAAAACCAACUGCCCCCAUCAACAUGUUUGCCAGUACUGUGCGGGAAAGCAUCCGCGAAGACAGUGUCCCAAUAGACCGAAACAAACCUUUGCGAAACAAAAUGCUAGAAAACCUGCCAGCACCUCUAACCAACAAGGCUCCACUAAGUGAUAGGGAUAUAAAUAUCAUCACACCAAUUCAAGUCGACAAAUUGGCCAGCUAUCUUGACGGCUAUGAUCCAUCUUUGGCCCAAUUUUUAAUUAGUGGGUUUACCUUUGGUUUUAUAAUCCCAUAUCAGGGGCGACGUGCUUUUAGAAUUUCUAGAAAUCUCUCUUCUUUGAACAAUAAUGAUGGAAUCCUUCAAAGUAAAAUCAGCAAUGAGUUAAGAGCACACCAUAUAGCCGGGCCUUACCAAAAUCCACCAUUUCCUAAUAUACAAGUUUCACCUCUUGGAUUGGUACCCAAAAAAGCUGUCGGUGAAUUUCGUUUGAUACAUCAUUUAUCUUAUCCUGAGGGUAUGUCUAUAAAUCACAACAUACCUAAAGAUUUGUGUACAGUACAAUAUCAAUCAGUGGAAACGGCUAUUAAUAUAAUUAGACAAUUGGGAAGGGGUGCGUUGUUAGCAAAGACAGAUCUUGAGAAUGCUUAUAAACAGAUCCCUAUUCAUCCAGAUGAUUUCGAACUACUUGAAUUCAUGGUAGACAAUAUGUAUUACUACGACAAAACAUUGCCUUUUGGACUCAGCUAUUCAUGUAAUCUUUUUGAAAAAUUCAGCUCGGCUCUUCAAUGGAACCUUGAAACAAAAUUCUCUGCUAUACAUUGCGUGCACAUCCUAGACGAUUUUCUUUUCCUAAGUGAACCCCACUCGUCAAUAUGUUACAGUGCUCUGCUUGCCUUUUAUCAACUAUCUAAUGACAUUGGCUUACCCGUAAAAUCAGGAAAAAAAACUGUUUACCCCACCACAACUCUCACAUUUUUGGGCCUGGAAUUAGAUACCUUGAACUUCGAAAUUCGAUUACCUCAAGAUAAAUUAACUCAAUUGGAAUUGGAAAUUCAAAAAUUCAAAGCAAAGCGUUCUGCAACUUUGAUGGAACUGCAAUCUUUAAUUGGUAUGCUCAAUUUUGCCUGUAGUGUAGUUCCUCCUGGUCGUACUUUUUUAAGACGUCUUAUAGAUCUAACAAUUGGCCUCAAAAAACCAUAUCACCACCAUCGACCGAAUCUACCUGCAUGCCUGGGGGUGUUUUUGAACCAAUUCAAUGGCAAAGGUUUUUUUUCCUUCUGGCAUAACCAAUUCUUCAUCUUCAGUGCAUUUUUUUUUACUGAUGCUAGUAAUGCCGGAUUUGGAUGCACCUUUCGCACAAAAUGGUUUUACUCCGAGUUUGCUCCUGAAUGGUUAAAGUACCACAUUUCAGUUAGAAAAUUUUUUCCUUUUGUCAUUGCAUUAGAAUUAUGGGUACCUCUUCUGAAAAACUGUAUCGUUGUAUUACAUUCUGACAAUAUAGCAGUUGUGCAUGUGAUAAACAAAACUACAUCAAAGGACCCUAACCCAAUGCAAUUGAUGAGGCGUUUAAUGAUUCUUUCAUUGCAACACAACAUUCAUUUCCAUGCCAAACAUAUUCCAGGAAUUUCUAAUACAGCCGCUGUUUUACUAUCUCGCUUGCAGGUGAAAAAAUUCAAAGCCAGCUUUCCACAUAUGGACAACGAGCCAACUCCAGUUCCUCCAGCAUUUGUGCGGAUUUGACUGAAACAGCCAUUUUUUUAGUCCGCAACUCUCUGUCUGAAUCAACAUUUUCAGCUUACAAAUCAGCUUAUUUAACCUACAACUGUUUUAUUGAACAAUCCUUUCAACAUAACGCAUCUCCUCUACCACCCUGUCACUUAGUUUUAUUUUCCAACUUGGUAACUACACGGAUAUUACACAACAUUUCACCAUUCGUAAAAUGUUUCAGGGAUUCCGGAAAUCGAAACCAUCAUCUGACUCACGGCUACCUAUAACCCCAACAAUUUUGAAGAAAAUAAUUCAUGCUUUGGAGUUUAGUACCACAUCAGCUUUUACUAAAUCCCUCCUCCGGGCCAUGUUUACCUUAGCAUUUUGUGCUUUUUUACGAGUAGGAGAGCUUACCAAAACAAAUGCUCCAACCCAGCAUUUCCUUCUUUUUGGAUAUAUCACGUUAGGAUCCAAUAGUCCAUGCAAUAGGUAUAUACUAGUAGAUAUAAAUAUACCUCACUUUAAGCAUUCUAAAGCAAACACAACUACUCUACGCCUGCAGCAAAAUACGACGGAUCCUUUAGUUUGCCCAUGCCAAGCACUUCUACAUUACCUAAAUCUUAGGAAACAUUCCUCACCAUCAGAGCCGUUAUUUUCCUUCAUGGAUGGUUCGCCCAUUUCGCGUCAAUACUUCACACAGCAACUGCGUUCGGCUUAAGCUUUUUGUAAUUUGGACUUGCAUCUUUACAAAGCUCAUAGCUUCCGCAUUGAGGCUGCUACUACAGCUGCCUCUCAGGGGUUUUCGGAAUUACAAAUUCAGAGCAUGGGUAGAUUGAACUCUGGUGCUUAUGAAAAGUACAUUAGAAUCCCAACACUUAAGUUUUGAUUGACAUUCGUUUGAGUUUUGACAUUUUUUAAUGGACAGUGAAGACAGGGGCUUCACGAUCCUUUUUUUCUAGCAACCAUUAGACAGGGGCUACUGGUUGUGUUUUGAAUAUCUGGGCCAUUAUCUUACUUUGAGUCAGGGGCUCAAACAGUCAAUUUGCUUGUACAUGUUUUGUCUUUUGUAAUAAUAGUCUUUAUGUUGUAACCUUUUUUAGUUUUUAGUUAAUAUCAACCAUUAGACAGGAGCUACGGGUUGUCUUUUUGACUUAUCUUACUUUUAGUCCGGGAAAAAAACACUCAACUUUGCUUGUACAUGUAUGGUUUUUCUAAAAAUAGUCGUUAUGUUGAAGGGUGUUCCAUUUUCCACAAAUUAGUUUUUUGUUAUAACUUGGUACAAUUUUUCUUAAUCAUGCACUGACAUUUCUGUUCAAUUUCAAUGUGGUUUUUGGAUAUGGGGCGUUAACAAGAUUGUCUAUAUUUAUAUAUAUACAGGUAUAUAAACCUAUCGAUGAGUGAUAUAACCUAUCUUGUUAAGGUGGCAGAUGAACACCCCAUAUCUUUACUUAUAUACCAGAUACUUUAUUAUCUAUUUCUGCCUAAGCUCGAAAACUUUUACUAGUCUCAAUCUCAGGAUACUUUGUGAUAUAUUCAAGGUUUUAUGUAUGAAUAUUGUUCUUCGAGUUUUAUGUCAUUUAUUGGAGGAAAUGCCUAUUUUCUACUUGUCACAUCACAUCACUUAUUCUUCAUUUCGUAUUAUAUUAUACUGUGACUUUGACUAUGGCAUUAUGUUUCAUGCAACUUUUAUGCUAUGCAUUCUUCAAUAAAUGACCUGUUUUAUUCUUUACGAAAGAGUUGAGUUUUGCUACGUAAUAGUAUAGAUGUGAUAAGACAGGCAUAAAACACAUUUAUGUCCAUACAUAGUUCAUGCAUUUUGACCACUUUAUUUGUAUGUUUUGUUUACCACGUGGUAUUGUUUUCCACUACUGUGUAUUUUUAGUUUAGGCAUGCGCAGUGGCAAGUUAUGCAUAUAAGCUAGUCUGCGCAUGCGUAGUCAUUGUUCAUUUUGUAAACAUCCAUGAUUGUCCACGGUUUGCCACCACCUUCCUCUCCACCUUUUUAUUGUACAUCAUUUGUAAGGCAGAUGAACACCCCAUAUCUUUACUUAUAUACCCGGUACUUUAUUAUCUAUUCCUGCCAAAGGUCUAAAACUUUUACUAGUCUCAAUCUCAGGAUAUUGUGUGAUAUUUUCAAGGUUUAAUGUGUAAAUAUUGUUCUUCGAGUUUGAUGUCAUUUAUGUUCAGGAUACUUUGUGAUAUUUUCAAGGUUUUAUGUAUGAAUAUUGUUCUUCGAGUUUUAUGUCAUUUAUUUGAGGAAAUGCCUAUUUUCUACUUGUCACAUCACAUCACUUAUUCUUCAUUUCGUAUUAUAUUAUAUUGUGACUUUGACUAUGGCAUUAUGUUUCAUGCAAUUUUUAUGCUAUGUAUUCUUCAAUAAAUGUUUUAUUCUUUACGAAAGAGUUGAGUUUUGCUACGUAAUAGUAUAGAUGUGAGAAGGCAGGCAUGAAUAAGCUUUACAAUCCAUAAAGCUUUUGAAUGGUUUUUUGUUCAAUUACAUUGUAGGUUUAUAUCUCACUCAAUACGUUUUUCUUAACUCUCCCUAAAUUUAUCUAUUAAAGGAAAAAUAUAUACUGUUACAAAAAUUUAGAUUCUCUUUAUUUUAUUUUUAACGUCAAUGUACAUUUUGAAAUACGUCAGAACUGUAGUUUUUUUAGACUAGUUAUGUUCAUCAAUUAGUUAUGCCUUUUAAAACUUUUCUAUCAAGCAUAAUUAUUUAAGUAAUUAAAAUCAGCAUUGUUGUUUUUGAAUAAGAGAUAAAUAUCACCUUGUCUAUUGUUGUGUUAUAUACAAUAUUAUUUGCAUUCUGUUUUAUUUCCUUCUGCAGCAUUCAAAAACAAUAUAGUUUUAUUGAAAGUAUCAAUUAUUGUUCAAUUUUCUAUUUUUCCUCAAUCGUCCAGGACCUAUGAACUGUACAAUGAAAAUAUAUAAUAUGCUAUGAGACAUUGCUUUCAUGCCAACGGAGUGGCCUCAAAGAU